UUCUUUGUUACUUUUUGGGUUCAUUCUUUUUCAAACCUCCCUCUCUCUCUUCUUCCUUCUCACUUUUUGGUCAACAGUGAACACUCUUUCUCAGUUCUACACAGAAGCAGUUCAAAACAGAACUUAGUUGCAAAUAUGGGUGCUUCCGACAACAACAACAACUUUCUCCAAGUUAUCUUCAAUAACUUCGAUGUUCUUGCCCUGCCCUUAGUUACGCUCGUUUACCCUUUAUAUGCUUCAAUUAAGGCCAUAGAGACUAAGUCUACUAGUGAUGAUCAACAAUGGCUCACGUAUUGGAUUCUGUAUUCCAUUCUCACACUCUUUGAGCUCACGUUUGCCAAAGUUCUUGAACUGCUUCCCAUUUGGCCUUUUGCCAAGUUGAUAUUCAGUUGCUGGUUGGUUCUGCCUCACUUCAAUGGAGCUGCGGUUGUUUAUAGGAAUUACAUUAGGCCAUUCUAUAUGAACCCACAAAUCCCAAUGCCACAAGGCUCUCAAAUAUGGUAUUUUCCACAAAAGAAGUCCAUAUUUAGAGAGCAAGAUGAUGUUCUAAGUGCUGCUGAGAGGUACAUGGAAGAACAUGGUACAGAAGCCUUUGAAAGACUUAUAAGCAAGAAUGACAGACAAGCCAGAGCAAGGAGAAAUGGAAAUUACAUGAUCUUUGAUGAUGACUACAGAUAUUGAACUUUGUUAACGCCUCACUUUAGCAGUUGCUAAUGUCUCAAUAUAUAUCAUAUUGUGUGGUUUUUUAUGACGACCAUAUAUAUUUAACUUUGUUAACGUGUCACUUUGGCAAUUGCUAUGAGAUAUAUAAACUAAGUUGUAUUAACUAUUAAUUAUGAUUCUCAUGUCAUGAAAUCUUUCAAUAGACUAGUUUUUCCAUAAUUAGC